CAUGUAGGUCGUUCCCAUGAGCGGAGUGAUGCCGUCGUUAAGUCCCCAGGCUCCGUUGGUUGGGAAUGUGUCGCGAGUUGCUACCGAGGUAAGCUCUCCCAUUGUCAGAGCAUCAAGCCCUGCCGAGUCUUUACUUAGGAGAGGAAGAUACAAGAUGUUGGCAAGGAAAUCGGUGAAGGCCGAUGUACGUCUUUGCCGAUCUCGUAACCAGUCGGAGGAAGAGGACGUCAAAGAGGAAGCAGAGACCGUGUUGGACGAGAGUGAAGAAGAGGCUCCGGAGGUUCGCGAGCAUGCUCCGAAAGACCAGAACACUUCCUCCACGAAGAAAAGAGCCCCAAGUUCCACGAAGAUUGCGGGCCCGUCACUCGACGGAGGUUCGGAGCGUGAGGAAAAUACCUCGCCAGGUUUGGAGAUUCACGCUGGUGUCACCAUGGAGCAAGUUGACAAGGCAGUAGGCAGGAUUUCAAUGGAGGAAGGGCUAACUCCACUCCGGAGAAGCUAAAAGUCCAAACGCCUGCUGCUUUAGAGAAGAUUGAUGUCUCGGAUAGCUUCGAUGGUUCAGCUGGCUCCAAGGGCGAAGCAGUAGUCAUCAGCUGGUUAUUCCGGAGAGAAGAUGCACAUUGAUCAGCUCGUCUUCGCACAGACUGAUGGAGGAAGUGCGGAGACCAUGCCUGAAGAGGAUUCAUUCCCGGAGCAGCUUGUAGCUUUCUUGUCAAGCUUGGACUUUGGCGAAUCUGCGGCUCAGAGCAUUGAAGACAUCGUUCAAGUGGGUGGGGAGCGAGAGAACAUCUACGGGAUGAGCGUGCCCACGGAGACAGCGCCUUUUUUGACUUCUUUCCUCCCGUCACCUAGAUGCUUUGUCGUCGAAAGUAUGUACUUCUCUGAGAUCGAUCUCAAAACGGUUGAGAAUAAAAAAGAAAAAGAAAA